UAUAUAUGAACCCUUGUCUUCACAGCAAGAUACAUUACAACAACCCAGUAUACCUUAGAUAUCCACAACCAUCCACCUUGACCACCAUGAGCCACAGCCAGCACAAGCAGGGUAUGCCUACACCUUUAAAGGCAGGUGUUCAUGUAAGGAGCCACUCUCCCAAACUCUCAGUUCAUCAUGGAAUCGGACAAUUUUCACAUCAUGGAGGAUAUCAUAAAGUCCACCACACAACCCAUAAUACCCAUGGGGGGGCAAGUAAACCAAUAAUCUUUACAAAACACUCUUCCCUCACUCAUGGAUGUGGCUAUGGAAGUGUACAUAGUGCUCAUAAUGACAACCACUUUAAUAGCAUCGGGAGCCAUGGUGGUUGGAAGAAUGAGGGUUUUUUCAAUGUCAAUGAGAAAGAAACCAUGCAGCUUCUUAAUGACCGACUUGCAACCUACCUAGAGAAGGUCCACUCUCUGGAACAAGAAAAUGCCCAAAUGGAGAAGAAAAUCUGUGAAUGGUAUGAAAAAAAUUCCCAUACAUCAACCCCAGACUUCCAACACUACUACAAGACUAUUGAAGAACUUCAAAGCAGGAUCUCCACAUCAUCACUGGACAAUGCCAGGGUAGUCUUACAGAUAGAUAAUGCAAGAUUGGCUACUGAUGAUUUCAAGAACAAAUAUGAGCUGGAAGGCAGGCUAAGAACUUUUGUGGAGACUGAUUUGAAAGGAUUGCGUAAAGUAAUAGAAGGGCUUAAUAUAGACCGAACUGACCUAGAGGUUCAAUUGGAGUGCCUGCAGGAUGAAUUGUUACAGAUGAAGAAGCAUCAGGAAGAGGAUGUGACCUGUCUGCGAAAUCAGCUGGGUGCCAGGAUCAGUGUUCAUGUAGAUGCUGCACCAUCCGUUGACCUCACCAGGGUCCUGUCUGAAGUCAGAGAGCAAUAUGAAAAUCUGAUGGAGAGGAACCUGAGGGAAGUUGAGAGCAUUUUUAUUGCCAGGAGUGAGGAACUGAACAGGGAGGUGGCUUCUGGAUCAGAACAGUUGCAAUCAGUUCAGACCGAACUUAUUGACUUGAAGCGUUGUUUGCAAACCCUGGAGAUUGAGCUUCAAAGUCAGCUGAGCAUGAAAUCAGCUCUUGAGUGUACCUUGGCAGAAACAGAAGCAACUUUUGGCUCCCAACUUUAUCACCUACAAAACCUGAUUGACCACGUGGAAGAUCAACUCUCACAGAUUCGAUCAGAACUAGAGAGACAAAUUUAUGAGUACAAGAUUCUCAUGGAUCAAACAACCCAUUUGGAGAUGGAGAUCACCACAUAUAAGCGACUGUUGGAAGCACAAGACAUGCAUGUUCCAGAACAUCAUCAGCAGUACGAGAAGUUCCGUAGAGAAAUAUCUCACAGCAGUUCAAAACACCACAUCAGCACUCAGGAAACUGACCAUGGAGAGCAUCAAACCAAGGAACCUGUUCAACAAGCAACCAAGUGAUUAAUCUCAAAGAACAACAUCUAUUUUCCUAUCUCCAAGCUGGACCUUCAUUUAGACAUUUAGAGGGCUUUUAUUUCUUUUUUUUCCGGGUGAUCUACUAUGAUGUGGGAUAGGUAGGUCUUAUUGUUUUGGUGAAGCGGUCUAAACUGAACACAUCACAUAAGCAUAUAAUAUCCCAAAGCCUUGUGUAGGCUCAAUCGUACUUUUCCUGUCGGAAUUUCCGCCAACAAAAAUUUGAAAGCUAGUUCUCAAAUUUUUAGACGGAAAAAAUUCCAAUCGGAAAUUCCAAUCGUCUGUAGCAAUUCCGACGUGCAAAAUUCCGACAGAAAAAAACAAUCAUGUCUACCUCAACAUGGAGAUAGAUUUGACAUGUUUGCAUAUGAGUCGGAAUUUUCUUUUUGUUUCCUAGAGAGAGCUCUUUCACGAAAGAUCCUAUCUCUGUCCCUACACUGCUGAAAGGAAGUUACAAUAUAUUUUGGCCAUGCUGUGAUAAUAUCCAUGUUUUCUCUCUUUGACUGCAUUGGGUAUGGACCUGGCAACAUCACGGCUUAGCCCCAGAAACUUUUAGCAAUAAUGGCAAGAACAAAACACACGAAAGCCACCCAAAAAUUAAUUGGGUAAAUGUAUUCUACCAUAUGCAAUCUACUGAAAUUGCAUUUGAUGUAAUUUUCUAUAAGGUAGUUAAGGAUUAUCUCAUAACCUCCAACAUUUUCACAUGCAUAAAUGGGACACAUUCAGGCUCAACUAACAACCUAAACCACAUCAGUCAUCCAUAUGCUUGUUUAGGGGGAGCCACUUCUAUUUCUCAAAGCCAGGAACCUUUGGAGUUUUAGAAAUUAUAACUGUGCCUCUAAAUGUUGAUAGGUGGAAGAUACGAAUACCACCCAUACAGUAUACAAAGUAAAAGCCCAUCUCUGGAUUCCAUGGGCCCCCCAAAUCACUCUCCUUGUGUGGGAAAGAAGUUUAUGUGAUGACAUUAGCCCCGCUAUCUGCCCAGUACAGUAUGACUAAAGGGUGCUGAGUUGAUUCCCUUCCCAGGGAGUGGGCCCAACACACCUUGCACUCUCAGUCCUUAUUCUUCUUAGGCGUCAUUCAACCCAGAAGACUCGGACCAUCUUGUACCAAACCAGGGGUACUGUGAGGAACAGCUUCAAAUUGGGAUCAGAUACUGGGGAGUCAUUACAAAAAUAAAAAUAUUUGCCUGGAGUUGGGCUUUACAUUACUCUAUACAAUAAUGCCGCAUACACACGAUCGGACUUUCCGACAACAAAACGGAACAACAUUUUUGAACGGAAUGUUGUCUCAAACUUGUGUUGCAUACACACGGUUACACAAAUGUUGUCGGAAAUUCCAAACGUCAAGAACGCAGUGAUG